UCUAUUGGCCAUUUGGAUGUAUUAUUUGCAGAAAUGUCUGUUCAUGUCUUCUGCCCAUAAGAAAGAUAUUAUUCUAGUUCUAAACCCAGACCCACUGAUCUUAAAUGAUUUCACCUAAGGUCCCAGGUGUAAAAAGGAGGGAGAUAUAGAUACAGAGCCUUCCUAUUUUCAUGUGUCAGGUAUGAUGCUAGAUGUAGCAAAAGGGUGGAUGAGUUCUUCUUGCCACAGAAUUUUGAUAGAGACCUAAACACUAGAAUACUCUCACUAGUUGGUGAAAAACACACAUCUUAAAGCAAGAUGCUAGACCAUCUAGAAAGGACCUGCUAAGAUAUUCUAAACUAGGUUAGGCCAGUAUGAGUGAUGAUGUCCUUGAAGACUAGAAUUCAAGAAGGAUUUAUUUUGUUGUGGGACACAUGUCCCUUCUUCCUCAGUUGAGAGGUGUUUUAAGGAAAUCAGAGAGAUUAAUAUGUGUAUCCUGGAACUUAGAGGGCAUAGGGUCCAGGUGUCUGACUCUUGUGAAACAGCAAGGCCCACCUGCUGCAGGAUUCCACGCCUAAAGCAGCACCCAGCUGGGAAGGCUAGUACUCUAAGUGGCCACGUUGUGUAAAUGAGGACACCAAGGCCAGGUGAAGCUCAAUCACUUGUUCAAAGUCAAACAGCAAAUUUGGCUAUCAGAAACACAUGAAAAAAUGGCACAAGUUUAUUUAAACAGAGAAUUGGAUAAAAUAAAGAGGAAGCCUUUAUUGAAUGACGAGACAAUGAGCUCUGGGAUUAUUGAAAGGGACACUGGACUACCUGCCACAGGCUUCGGAGCUCUCUUUACUAGACACCCACCAGAUCGACAUAAAAUGUAUGCCUUGACAACAUACGCUGAGGAAUAUGCUGCACCGUACGAGUAUGAGCCACUCGAUUAUCCUUGUCAAGAUGAUUAUUCAAUAGUCCACAGAAAAUGCCGUUCUCAGUUCACUGAUCUUGAUGGUUCCAAAAGAUUUGGCAUCAACACUUGGCAUGACGAGAGUGGGAUUUAUGCUAAUUCAUGUGUAAAACGAAAACUCUACCCAUUAACGGGUGGUCCUAUUAUCCCUUUUUAAAAAUAAUCUAUAGAAUCAGAUUCUCUAACUAAUGAAAGGAUAAUGGAAAUAACAGUUGAUUUUUCUAUCCUAAUAAAUGCAAUGGAAAUGUUAAUGUGUUAGGCUCCUUUAAAAACAAAAUCUUAUAUGUUCUAGGCCAGCAUAUUAUAUAUCCUUUUCAUUAGCUGCUCUGGUAUUUUCCAAAGUUUAGUUUGUAUACCACCGAGGGUGUACAACACAAUUCUUGAUGGUGCUUCAUGGAAUUUUCUUUUAUUUAUAGACUAUGUGUUUAUUUCAAAUUUUAUUGGGAAAAAGUGCAUAAAGCUAGGACAAUCUAGCUUCUAAUCGCUGAGGAUAUGGCUAAUGUUUAAAAAAACAGCUACCUUAAGUUCCAUUUUUAAGUGAAUAAAAAUAUAGGUGGUGCUCAGAUUUGACAUGAAACCCAGAUGACUGACGUUUGGCCAAUCCUGGCCCUAUGGCGAUGUUGGGAGGUGGGGUGGGGGAGAUGUGGUGGAGUGGGGGAUGUGCCUAUUUGUAGACAUUGAUUUAUCUGUAGUAGCCAACUGCAGCGUGGAGUGUUUAUUCAGCAUAGUGUUUUUCCUUACUUAUGAUAUUACUUUCUGAGUCUGUAGUAGGAGAGAUGGAGGCAGAAUCCUAGUGAAACAGGGUUUGAUGGGAAAAUCCGUCAUCUGAUGUUAGAUUUAGAAGAAAUCUGAACAGUAGUUUGGACUCACCAUCCACGGUACAGAUGAGCAAACAGAAACCCACAGAGGUUUAAGUAGGUUUUCCUCUUAGACUCCAGGUGAUCUUUGAAGUGUAUUUGACCUUUCAUGACCUUUUAUUUCCUUUU